CAUCCGCCAUCUUGUGCGAAGCAAGGUGGCCUCCACGUUUCCUAAACGUCUUCUCCGCUUCUGUCUCGACCGCCCCUUGAUUACAGACAUGUCUCGGGAUCGGUUCCGGAGCCGCGGCGGUGGCGGUGGCGGCUUCCACCGGCGCGGAGGAGGUGGCGGCCGAGGUGGCCUCCACGACUUCCGCUCCCCGCCGCCCGGCAUGGGCCUCAAUCAGAACCGCGGACCCAUGGGUCCCGGCCCGGGCCAAGGUGGCCCGAAACCCCCGAUCCCACCACCGCCUCCACACCAACAGCAGCAGCAGCAACCGCCGCCGCAGCAGCCGCCACCACAGCAGCCGCCGCCGCUUCAGCCGCCACAUCAGCAGCCGCCACCGCAUCAGCAGCCGCCACCGCAUCAGCAACCGCCACCACCGCAGGACUCGUCCAAGCCCGCCGUUCCUCAGGGACCCGGCUCGGCUCCUGGGGUAGGCAGCACUCCGCCGGCCUCCGGCUCGGCGCCGCCCGCCACUCCCCCGACCUCCGGGACCACCACGGGGCCCGGCCCUAUCCCGACCCCGCCGCCCGCUGUCACCUCAGCUCCCUCCGGGGCGCCCCAGCCUGCACCGCCGAGCAGCGGGGUCUCCACCACCCCACCUCAGGCUGCUGGGGGUCCGCCGCCUCCACCCGCAGGGGGCCCGGUCCCCGGGCCUAAGCAGGGCCCAGGACCAGGCGGCCCCAAAGGCGGCAAAAUGCCAGGCGGGCCGAAGCCCGGUGGUGGCCCGGGCCUAAGCACUCCUGGUGGCCAUCCCAAGCCGCCGCACCGAGGAGGCGUGGAGCCCCGCGGAGGACGGCAGCACCACCCACCGUACCACCAGCAGCACCACCAGGGUCCCCCUCCCGGUGGGCCUGGCGGGCCUGGUGGCCGCAGCGAAGAAAAAAUCUCCGACUCGGAGGGGUUUAAAGCCAACUUGUCUCUCUUGAGGAGACCUGGAGAGAAAACUUACACUCAGCGCUGUCGGUUGUUUGUUGGGAAUCUACCUGCUGAUAUUACAGAGGAGGAAUUCAAAAGACUGUUUGCUAAAUAUGGAGAACCAGGAGAAGUUUUUAUCAACAAAGGCAAAGGAUUCGGAUUUAUUAAGCUUGAAUCUAGGGCAUUGGCUGAAAUUGCCAAAGCUGAACUUGAUGAUACACCCAUGAGAGGUAGACAACUUCGGGUUCGUUUUGCCACACAUGCUGCUGCGCUUUCUGUUCGAAAUCUUUCACCUUAUGUUUCCAAUGAACUGUUGGAAGAAGCCUUUAGCCAGUUUGGUCCUAUUGAAAGGGCUGUUGUAAUUGUCGAUGAUCGUGGAAGAUCUACAGGGAAAGGCAUUGUUGAAUUUGCUUCUAAACCAGCAGCAAGAAAAGCAUUUGAAAGAUGCAGUGAAGGCGUUUUCUUACUGACGACAACACCUCGUCCAGUCAUUGUGGAACCACUUGAACAAUUAGAUGAUGAAGACGGUCUUCCUGAAAAACUUGCACAGAAGAAUCCAAUGUAUCAAAAGGAGAGAGAAACCCCUCCUCGUUUUGCCCAGCAUGGCACAUUUGAGUAUGAAUAUUCUCAGAGAUGGAAGUCCUUGGAUGAAAUGGAGAAACAGCAAAGGGAACAAGUUGAAAAAAACAUGAAAGAUGCAAAAGACAAAUUGGAAAGUGAAAUGGAAGAUGCAUAUCAUGAACAUCAGGCAAAUCUCUUGCGUCAAGAUCUAAUGCGACGCCAGGAAGAAUUAAGACGCAUGGAAGAACUUCACAAUCAAGAAAUGCAGAAACGUAAAGAAAUGCAAUUAAGGCAAGAGGAAGAACGUCGUAGAAGGGAAGAAGAGAUGAUGAUUCGUCAGCGUGAGAUGGAAGAGCAAAUGAGACGCCAAAGAGAGGAAAGUUAUAGCCGAAUGGGCUACAUGGAUCCAAGAGAAAGAGACAUGAGAAUGGGUGGAGGAGGAGCAAUGAACAUGGGAGAUCCCUAUGGUUCAGGAGGCCAGAAAUUUCCACCUUUAGGAGGUGGUGGUGGCAUAGGUUAUGAAGCUAAUCCUGGAGUUCCACCAGCAACCAUGAGUGGUUCCAUGAUGGGAAGCGACAUGCGUACUGAGCGCUUUGGGCAGGGAGGUGCGGGACCUGUGGGUGGACAGGGUCCUAGAGGAAUGGGGCCUGGGACUCCAGCAGGAUAUGGUAGAGGGAGAGAAGAGUAUGAAGGCCCAAACAAAAAACCCCGAUUUUAGAUGUGAUAUCUAGGCUUUCAUUCCAGUUUGUUUUUGUCUUUUCUUGUUUAGAUACCAAUCUUUUAAAUUCUUGCAUUUUAGUAAGAAAGCUACCUUUUUAUGGAUGUUAGCAGUUUAUUGACCUAAUAUUUGUAAAUGGUCUGUUUGGGCAGGUAAAAUUAUGUAAUGCAGUGUUUUGAAACAGGAAUUUUUUUUCCUUUUUAUUUCCUUUUUUUUUUUAAACUGUAUAAUGUCCCUCAAGUUAUGGCAGUGUACCUUGUGCCACUGAAUUUCCAAAGUGUACCAUUUUUUUUUACUGUGCUUCAAAUAAAUAGAUAAAAUAGUUAUAAUAUUGAUCUUCAA